UCAAAAUUUUCUUAUUUGGUGGCUUUAACUUUGGAAUUCGCCUUAUUGUUCAAGCCAGAAGCCAAGUGUUCUUCUUUCCUUUUCAUACCUGUCGCCGACAUUUUCACCGGUUCUCUGCUCUUCGAUUUGUUCUUCCUCUGUAAAUUUAUUCAAAGGAUGAGUGAUCAAACAGCACAAAACGGCUUGAGUCCUCCACCCAUUCCAGAGCAAACCAAGGCUGCUGCCUCAGUAGAAACGAAACCAAAGAAGAAGAUAUGUUGUGCUUGCCCUGAUACCAAAAAGCUAAGAGAUGAGUGCAUCGUUGAGUAUGGUGAAUCGGCUUGCACAAAAUGGAUUGAGGCUCAUAAAAUGUGUCUCCGCGCACAAGGUUUCAACAUCUGAAGCUUUUUUUUUUCUUUUUUUUAAUACGUAGUUUGAUCAUCAAACUUUGAUGGAUCAAACAGAAUGAGCAACGUAGAUUGUUCAUCGCCCGAAAUGGGUUUAGGAUAUAUAACCGGAGGUUAAUUCUCCAUGAGAUUAUUAUGUAUGCAUUUUGGUUGGAUACAAUCCCAUUUUGUUGUGAUUGAAAAUAAAAGUUCAAAGAAACCAUUUUUUUUUU